AUGAUCUCCGCCGUGUCUUUUGGCGUUCGCGGCCUUCAGUUCGUCUUCGCCGUUACGAUCCUCGGCCUGUCUGUCGCCCUCAUCAAGGCGCAGAAGUACGGCGAUGCUCCGACGACGACAAAGUACAGCAGUUUCACCGGCGCCUUUGGCAUUAUCGUCUGCGCCGUGGGUGUGGCCAGGCUGUUCAUCGACUCCGUGCCCGACAUUGUCACGCUCGCGCUUGAUGGCAUACUGGGCGUGCUCUACCUCGGCGGCGGCAUCGCGUGGGCUGUCGGUCUCAAGGGCAUCCAGUGCACCAACAACGACGACUUGAACGCAGCCAACAUGCUCCUGAACCCCCUCAUCAACCAGGGCACGUUUACGUAUCCCAACGGCGCCAUAGAGUACGGCAUCAUCGACAGCACCGACACCAGGGACGGUGCGUGGAGCAAGCUGCAGUCGAGCUGCCAGAAGGGCUUUUCGGAUGAGAUUAUCCAGUUCAUCUCGUUCGCCAUCGCCAUCGCCCUGCUCGGCCUGGGCUAUUUGCGCAUGAGGAAAGGGGGCUCGGGCAGCAGCUACGUUGUCUAA